AUGGCAGCUGUGGCGAUGGGCCUUGGCCGUGGUGACAGGGUGGGUGUUGCAGAUGCAGAUGCAGGGCCGGCAGCUUUCGCGUUGAUCAAGGUUGUCCUUCUGGCCGUUGAGCCCAAGCUGGCGUUUGUUGCCGAUGCUGCUGUGAGCAACGCCCGAGACUGCUGGAUCUGCCGUUUGCCCGACGCUCGUGCUCGCCAACCUCUCAAUGGAGCCAGCACCGGAGCCGACGUCGCUACAGCCGUCGAUAUCGGCCUCGCCGCUGUUGCUCUUGAGGCCGUCGACCUUGCUCCAGAUCUCGUUUGUGCUGCUGUGUGCGAGGCGCCGCCGUCGUGA